GUAUGCUGGUGGUCAACGUCACAUGGAGGAACAAGACAUAUGUGGGGACGCUGCUGGAUUGCACGCAGCACGACUGGGCGCCUCCCCGGUUCUGCGACUCCCCCACCAGUGACCUGGAGAUGCGCAAUGGCCGGGGCAGGGGAAAACGCAUGCGCCCCAACAGCAACACGCCCGUCAACGAGACCGCCACCACCUCAGACAGCAAAGGGACCAGCAACAGCAGCAAAACCCGGGCGGGAGCCAACAGCAAAGGACGCCGGGGAAGCCAGAACUCCUCGGACCACCGUACGCCUCCUGGCGGCACAACAGAGGACGUGAAGGCCAGUCCCUCCUCCGUCACCAAGCGGAAGAGCAAACCCCUCUCUGACAUGGAGCUGAACUCCAGCUCGGAGGACUCCAAGGGCAGCAAACGUAUCCGCACGAACUCCAUGGGCUCGGCAGCUGUGCCGCCCGCCGCCGUCAAGGUGGAGCCAGCCGGCCUCGACCGCAACUGCCCUUCUCCCAUCCUCAUUGACUGUCCCCACCCCAACUGUAACAAGAAGUACAAGCACAUCAAUGGGCUGAAGUACCACCAGGCCCACGCGCACACGGACGAUGACAGCAAGCUGGAGGCGGACGUGGACAGUGAGUAUGGCGAGGAGCCCUCCCUGCACGCCGACGUCGGGAGCUGCAACGGUGCUGCCGUCUCUCAGAAGGGUUCACUCUCACCGGCUCGCUCGGCCACCCCCGUCCCCUGCAAGAAGAAGCUGGGUGGGGAGGGAGACACCGACCCGGGUGCCCUGUCCAAUGAUGGCUCUGAAGAUGGUCCGUCGGUGGCUGAUGAGACAAGUAAUGAUGGUUUUGACUCGCUGGAGAAGCGCUGUAUUGAUAAGGACAAGUCAAAGAAGGCAUCUGGUGCUAAACCAGAGAAGAUCCCUUCCAAAAGCUUAAAGUCUGCCAGACCCAUUGCUCCAGCCAUCCCCCCCCAGCCGAUUUACACCUUCCAGACGGCCACCCUCACCACUGCCACGGGUUCCUCCACGGGUCUCGCCACUACCGUGGUCCAGACCAUGCCCAACAGCCCACAGCUCAAACCUAUCCAGCCCAAGCCUACAGUGAUGGGAGAACCCUUCACAGUCAACCCUGCCCUCACCCCUUCCAAGGAGAAGAAGAAGAAGGACAAGAAGAAGAAGGAACCCAAGGAAGUAGAAAACCCUCUGACUCCUGGAAAAGCCUGCAGAGCGGAGGAAGGCAAGAGCCCUUUCCGGGGGGAGUCCAGCGACCUCCCCUCCAUCGGUGGUGCCAGCAGGCUGGAGAACACCAACCCAGCCCAACCCAUGACCCCGCUGCAUGUCGUCACCCAGAAUGGGGCAGAGGCCAGCUCGGUGAAGACCAACAGCCCGGCCUACUCGGACAUCUCCGACGCUGGGGAGGAUGGGGAGGGCAAGCUGGAGAGCGUGAAGGUGAAGGAUCCGGAGCAGCUGGUCAAGGAGGGCGCCAAGAAAGCUCUUUUCCCCCCGCAACCGCAGAGCAAAGAGUCUCCUUACUACCAAGGCUUCGAAACCUACUAUUCCCCCGGCUACCCCCAGGCCAGCCCGGGGCCCUUGAACCCUGGCAGCCAGGCCGCAGCUGAGACGCCAGCCUUGAAGCUAAAGAAGGACGAGGAGCAGGAGAAUGCAGAAGUGAAGGUGAAGAGCGAGGGCUGCGAAGAGAAGAAGGCAGAGCUGGGAGGCUCCAGCCAGCAGCCCUCGGUCAUCCAGCAGCGCCCCAACAUGUACAUGCAAUCCCUCUACUACAACCAGUACGCCUACGUCCCCCCCUACGGCUACAACGAGCAGGGCUACCAUGCUCACCUGCUGAGCACCAACCCUGCCUACCGCCAGCAGUACGAGGAGCAGCAGAAGCAGCGGCAGAGCCUGGAGCAACAGCAGCAGCGAGGGCUGGAGAAGAAAGCGGAGCUGAGCUUGAAGGAGAGGGAGGCGGCGCUCAAAGAGGAGUGGAAGCAAAAGCCACCCAUGCCCCCGACGCUCACCAAGGCCCCCAGCCUCACGGACCUCGUCAAGUCAGGGCUUAGCAAGGCCAAGGAGCAGGGAGGUCCUGACAUGGCCAAAUCCGUCAUCAUCCCCAAGCUGGAGGAUUCCUCCAAGCUGUCCGGCAGCCAGGUCGCCGAGGGGCUCAAGGUGAAGCUGAGCGAGGCCAGCCACCUCGGGAAGGAGAGCGCUGAGACGAAGGCUGGCUCCGAGUGUGGCCGGCAAGCGGAGGUGGACCCUGUGCUCUGGUACAGACAGGAAGCUGAGCCCCGGAUGUGGACCUACGUGUACCCAGCAAAGUACUCAGACAUCAAGACAGAGGACGAGCGGUGGAAAGAGGAGAGGGACAGAAAAUUGAAGGAAGAAAGAAAUCGAAGCAAAGAAGCCACAUCCAAGGAGGACGGGAAGGAGAGCACCAGCUCCGAGUGCAAACUGACCCCCACCGAGGAGGCUCGCAUGGUGGGGAAGGACCCCAGACCUAGCGUCCACGUCCCCGUUUCUUCCCCCCUCACGCAGCAUCAGUCCUACAUCCCCUACAUGCACGGCUACUCCUACAGCCAGUCGUACGACCCCAACCACCCCAGCUACCGGGCUAUGCCCACCGUCAUGAUGCAGAAUUACCCAGGAUCAUACCUACCCUCCAGCUAUUCCUUCUCCCCGUACGGGAGCAAAGUGUCCGGGAGUGACGACAUAAGCGAGAAGACGUCUCAGGAGCGGGACCGCAGCGGCUGCGGGGUUGUGGGAGGCGGCGGGAGCUGUAGCAGUGUCGGAGGAGCCGGCGGAGGAGAGAGGAGCGCCGACCGGCCCCGCACCUCCCCGUCUCAACGCCUGCUCUCCACGCACCACCACCACCACCACCUCGGGUACUCGCUGCUGCCGGCGCAGUACAACCUGCCCUAUGCAACCG